AUGAAAUUCGUCAUUACCUUUGCAUUUUUUGCGCUUUUUUCGCAAACCUUGGCUGUACAAGCACCAGUAGAACAUCACGUCGAAAUUGUGCGCCAGGAUGCAGAUAUCACGCCAGAAAACUACAAAUAUGGUUUCGAGACAAGCGAUGGGACUCAACAUGAUGAAGAGGGCCAGCUGAAAAAUGUCGGUACCGACGAUGAGGCAAUCGUUGUGAAAGGCUCAUACAAAUACGUUGGCGAUGAUGGUGUCACCUACGAAGUGAGCUAUACGGCCGACGAGAAUGGAUUCCAGCCAGUGGGUGAACAUUUGCCACAAGCUUAAACAAGCAUACAUAGCUGCUGGAUAAAUUGAAGAGAGUCCAAGAGAAACCAAGAAGUGAU